AUGAAGGAAUACCUAAUAUAUCUGGCUAACGCACAUCCCAAUUUUCGUAAGGCUGAAUUAGAAUCCUUGGCUACGCUGAAUAAUGUGCGGGUGGAUCUUUCAUCACAUGAUGAAUCAUCUCCUUUCAUGAUUGUUCAACUAGAAGAUGACGACGCUGCUAGGAAGUUAGUCGAUAGAGCUGUCUUGACAAGAGGCAUAUACGAACUUUGGGGUAAGGGAAAUACUUUGGAAGAGCUUCACAGCGAUGUGAAGACUCGUUAUAAAGCACUCCGUGAGCCGUACAUGAAUUCUACAUUCAAGUUCCAGGUGUUGGACUUUCAAGGAGCCAGGAAAAGCAAGAGGAGACACCUUCAGAUUAUCGAUUCCUUCAUGUACUUGCAAUUUAAGGGUAAGGUUUCCCUUGAGAAUCCACAGCAAAUAUUUACUAUUCUUCAGACAUACACUAUAGAUAAGGACCUCUGCCCUAGAAAAGAGCCAGAUUAUUGCUGGUUUGGGAGGCAGGUGCACCUCAGUGCCAGAUCUCGAGGUGUAGUGGAUGAAUAUGAGAUUGCCAAGCGUCCAUACUAUGGAACUACCACUUUUGAGUCCGAACUAUCACUCGUUACAUGCAAUCUAGCAUUGGUUCAGAAAGGCCAGUUAGUGCUUGAUCCAUUUGUCGGCACGGGAUCAUUCUUGUUGGCAUCUGGUUAUUUUGGUGGCUACACAUAUGGAUCGGAUAUAGACUUCUUAGCACUCAAGGGAGGGAAACCCGAGCAAAAAUGUAUUAAACGGUUGAAAGAUAACUUCGAGCAUUAUGGCACCGAGAACAAGUUUGGUGAUGUUCUUUGUAUGGACUUCACAAAUAACGCUUUGAGAAAGAACUUAAAAAUCGAUACUAUUAUUUGUGAUCCUCCCUACGGCAUAAGGGAGGGACUAAGGGUUUGCGGAACGAAUGACAUUGCCAGUGCUGAGCUCACUAUGAAUAAGAUUAUCUGUGGUGAGAAGGCUUUCUUGAGGAAAGAUUACGUUCCACCGAAGAAGACAUGCUCUUUAGACUUUAUGUUAGAUGAUUUGUUGAAGUUUGCUAACGAAAGAUUACCUAUUGGUGGUCGAUUGUGUUUCUGGAUGCCUGCUGCCGACAACGAAGAUAUUCCUACGUUGAUCCCACAGCAUGAAGGACUCGAAUUAAUACACAUCCUAGUGCAGCAUUUCAACAUGUGGUCCAGAAGAUUACUAGUAUAUGUUAAGAGGGACUCGAGUUAUCAAGGAAUAACUGUAACUAGAGACCAAAGGAAGCACAAAAACAACUUCCGAGAGCAAUAUUUCAAUAGAUUUAAGUAA